AUGGCUGAACCCACGACCACAAAACUCAACCCCGAAACCCACCUCCUCCUCGACCAACCCCUCCUCCGCAUGCCCUACGAGCUCUCCCGCAAGAACUACAAAGCCGCCAGCCGCAUAUUCGAACAACACCGCGACGCAACGCUCAAAGACCUCAAAAACAGCGCCAACGCCGCGCUCAGCGCCCCCGACGCCCCGAAAGCCCUCUCAGACCUCGACGCCAUGAUAUCACGACUCCAGACGCUCAAGCGCAAGCUCUCGGACCUGCAGCAGACGGAAGAAAAUAUACAGCGCCAAUCCAAAGCCCGCAUCGCGCACCUGAACGAGCUCUACCAGAUCCCGAGCCUGGCGGAUGUGAAGUAUGAUGAGUGGAGCCGGGUGAGGCUGGAUAGGCUGCUGGUAGACUAUUUGCUGAGGAGUGGGUAUGGGGAGAGCGCGAGGCAGCUGGCGCAGGAGAAGGGGAUCGAGGAGUUGGUGGAUGUGGAGGCGUUUGUGGAAUGUUUCCGUAUUGAGGAGAGUCUUAGGAAGGGGCAGCCGAAGGCGGCUUUGCUGUGGUGUGCGGACAAUAAACAGGCGCUCAAGAAGAUUAAUAGCAAUCUUGAGUUCGAGCUACGGUUGCAGCAAUAUAUUGAGAUGAUACGGACUGGCGACACGCAGAAGCUCAUGGAGGCCACGAUGUACGCAAGGAAGUUCCUGGCACCGCAUCAGGACACGAACUUUGCCAUCAGAGCAGCAGGUCUAUUGGCAUUUCCGCCAGAUACGCCAGCGGAGCCGUACAAGACCCUCUACUCUUCCGCCCGCUGGGAGCACCUGGCAACCCUCUUCGUCCAAACCCACCACUCCCUCUUCUCCCUCCCGCCCCGACCACUCCUCCACAUCGCACUCUCCGCCGGCCUCUCCGCGCUCAAGACACCCUUCUGCCACUCCCAAACCGCAUCCUGCUCCGAGAACGCCCUGUCAUCAACCACAUCCGUCUGUCCCAUCUGCUCCACCGAGCUGAACACGCUGGCGCGCAACGUGCCGUACGCCCACCACACGAAAAGCCACGUCGAGAACGAUCCGGUGGUGUUGCCUAACGGGCGGAUAUAUGGGAGCGAGCGGCUGCGGCAGUUCAACGAGAUGGUUGGGACGGCGCCGGGGAAGAUCAAGGAUCCGAGGGAUCCGAUGGGGACGGCGUAUGAUGAGAGCCAGGUCAAGAAGGUGUAUAUCUCGUGA